AUGGGAACCGGUAAGAAGGAAGCCCAGCGGAAGAUCCGCCAGGGCAAGGUCGGAGAUGGCAUGGCAAAUGUCAAAGUGAAAGGCGAAAAUUUCUAUCGGUCUGCCAAGAAAGCAAAGCAACUCAAAAUCCAGACUGGAGGUACUGCGCAGCAUAAUGCUGCUGGAAAGGUCACAAAGGCUGCAGCAUACCAGUCGCGGGAGACUCCUAACGCACGAAUAGAACCUAAUAGAAAAUGGUUUACCAACUCCAGAGUCAUCAGUCAGGAUGCUCUGAAUUCCUUCAGAGAGGCGAUGGCCGAACGGGCUUCGGACCCAUAUAGCGUCCUGUUGAAAUCCAACAAACUUCCAAUGACCUUGAUCAGAGAUGGCCAAGGAAAGAAUGGAAUCAAACAACACCAAGCAAAAAUGACUGUGGAGGCAUCGCCUUUUGGAGAAGUCUUUGGACCCAAAGCACAGCGGAAGAGGGUAAAAUUAGGUGUCAGCUCACUUGAAGACCUUGCAGAGGACUCUGUGAAGAGCCACGACACAUACCUAGACCGCCUUGAGGAACAAAAGUUACUGAGUGGAAAUUCUGGGGCUGAAGCAGUUGGUGAAGCCGCUGCGACAGAUGACGGGUAUAUUACGAGUGCCCGAGAAGCUAUCUUCAGUAAGGGUCAAAGCAAACGAAUCUGGAACGAACUGUACAAAGUCAUCGAUUCCUCAGACGUUAUCAUUCACGUCCUUGACGCACGAGAUCCUUUGGGUACUCGAUGUCGAAGUGUGGAAAAAUAUAUCAAGGAAGAGGCACCACAUAAGCACCUGAUUUUCGUACUGAAUAAGUGCGAUCUGGUGCCUACUGGAGUUGCUGCUUCCUGGGUACGAGCUCUUUCAAAAGAUUAUCCGACUCUCGCAUUCCAUGCAUCCAUAACGAAUUCAUUUGGCAAAGGGUCUCUGAUCCAGCUUCUCCGUCAAUUUUCUUCCCUUCACUCAGACCGCAAGCAAAUAUCUGUUGGCUUUAUUGGAUACCCAAACACAGGAAAAUCUUCAAUUAUCAACACACUUCGAAAGAAGAAGGUUUGUACUGUUGCACCGAUCCCUGGUGAAACAAAGGUCUGGCAAUAUAUCACACUCAUGAAGCGAAUCUACCUCAUUGACUGCCCGGGAGUGGUUCCUCCUAGUACUACGGAUACACCACAAGAUAUCCUGUUGCGAGGCGUUGUGAGAGUGGAAAACGUUGAGAACCCUGAACAGUACAUUCCGGCCGUGCUUACUAAGACAAAACCUCAACAUAUUGAGAGAACAUACCAAAUCAAGGGCUGGAAAAACCAUAUCGAAUUUUUGGAGCUGCUAGCGAGAAAGGGUGGGAGAUUAUUACAUGGUGGCGAACCAGAUGUUGAUGGUGUUGCAAAGAUGGUCUUAAAUGACUUUAUGAGGGGCAAGAUCCCAUGGUUCACCCCACCACCAGUUGUUGAAGGUGCUGAAGUGAAGGGUAUUGAGGGCCGUGAAGGUCGACUGGGUGAAAUGAGAAAGAGAAAACUGGAAGAUGAGUCAGUCGCCGAUACAUCCGUUGCAGAAAACGCGUCGGAUGCUUCUGAAGGAAAUGACGAGCAGGAAGAGUUUGAAGGCUUUGACAGUGAUGGUGGUGUUGAACUUAAUAAUGUUGCCGGCGAUGUGGAUGCUGCUUUUGGGCUCGAGUCAGAAGAUGACGACAGUGAGGAUGGGUCAGAUGAUGCUGACGAGGUGGAUGAGGAAGAUGACGCCGAGGAAGACGUCGAGGCAGAUGAUGCUGCUGGCCGGCAACUGCAAAAGGAGUUGAAUGGGAAUGUGGAGGUGUCUGGAGAAUCACAUAAACUGCCGCCGAAGAAGAAAAGGCGGAAAGUUUAA